CCCUCUCGGUGCCGGGAGGCGGCUCCCCUCAGGCUCCGCGGGGAGAGGACGGGGGGCGGUCCCUGCGCGGCAGCUCCGCACCCCGCCGCCGCCUCUCCUCGUCCUGCCUGCCACCUUGCUCUCGCGGAGAAAUCGGUCGGAGGGCUUGAGGGUGCUUCCUGCGGCGCUCGGCUCCCCAGCCCCUUUCCUGCCCGAGGGAAAGUUGACUAUAUUGUGGAGUAUGACUAUGAUGCUGUGCAUGAUGAUGAAUUAACUAUUCGAGUUGGGGAAAUCAUCAGGAAUGUGAAAAAACUACAGGAAGAAGGAUGGCUAGAAGGAGAACUAAAUGGGAGAAGAGGAAUGUUUCCUGACAAUUUUGUAAAGGAAAUUAAGAGAGAAACAGAAUCCAAGAAUGACAAUUUGCCUAUCAAACGGGAAAGGCAUGGGAAUGUAGCAAGUCUUGUACAACGAAUAAGCACCUAUGGACUCCCAGCUGGAGGAAUUCAACCACAUCCACAAACCAAAAACAUUAAAAAGAAGACCAUGAAGCGUCAAUGUAAAGUUCUCUUUGAGUACAUUCCACAAAAUGAGGAUGAACUGGAGCUGAAAGUUGGAGAUACUAUUGAUAUUAAUGAAGAGGUAGAAGAAGGCUGGUGGAGUGGAACCCUGAACAACAAGUUGGGACUGUUUCCCUCAAAUUUUGUGAAAGAAUUAGAGAUAACAGAUGAUGGUGAAACUCAUGAAGCCCAGGAGGAUUCAGAUAUUCAUCUGUUGAUGGGCGUUUUAGUUUCUUGAACCUCUUGGCAGUUGUGAAUAAUACUGCUAAAAUGUGAAUAUGGAGAUGUAAAAGAUGCCACUUUCAAUUUGGAUAUAUACCCGGAAUUUCUGGAUUAUAUGGUAAUUCUGUUCUCACCCUCAGCAACCCUAUUUCCUGUUUUUCUUUAUAUUAGUCAUCCUGAUGGGUAAGAGAUGGCAGCUCAUUAUGAUUUUGAUUUGAAUAUCUCUUAAUGAUUUGUGAUUUUGAGCAUCUUUUCAUGUGCUUGUUGACUUUUUAUUUAUCAUCUUUGGAGAAAUGUCUAUUAAAGUCUUUUGUCUGUUUUUUAAUUAGGCUAUUUAGCUUUUGUUUUUGGUUGUAGGAAUUCUUUUUGUAUUCUGGUUAUUAAUCCCUGAUCAGAUAUAGCAUACACAUUUAUUUUCUACUAUUUUGUUGAUUAUAUCCUUUGAUGUACAAAAAUUUUUAUGUUUAAAGUAGGUAGCCUCGUUUGUCUGUUUUUUGUAUUGUUGCCUAUGCUUUUAGUGUCAUAUCUAAGAUAUCAUUGCUAAAUCCAAUGGUUAUGAAGCUUUUUCCGUGUUUUCUUCUAGGAAUUUUAUAGUUUUGUUUUAUGUUUAGGUCAUUAAUCCAUUUUGAGUAAGUUUUGUAUAUAAUUUAAGUUAACAUGUGAAUAUCCAAUUUUCCCAGCAACAUUUGUUGAAGAGACUGUCUUUUCCCCAGUGAGGGGUCUUGAUACCCUUGUUGAAGUUCAUAUGAUGAAUUCAUGCAAACUUUUGUCAUGACAUAGGUGUAGACCUGUUAUACAUGUUCAUAUGCCUUCCCUUUCCAAUAGAUUGUCAGCUGUGUAUAGCUAGAGACUAUUUCUUAUUUUUCUUUGUUUCUUCACUGUUUACUAUAGAGGUCCAAGAAAUGAAUAAACUGUAAUCUGCUUAAUUUUUA